GUAUCCUGAAGACACAAUGAACUGCAGUAAUGGAAUCCUGAGCAAAAAGGCCCACAAAGUGCAGGGGGAACGCAGCGGGCCAGUCAUCGGGCCAGGCACUAUCUGUGGAGGGAAAUGAACACACGCGACUGCCCUGUUUCAUUAAUAUUCUGACCUCCAAAAUUAUUUUUUCCAUGCAAUUUCUGAACUGAAAUUAACUGUAACGUACAAGUUUAGUUAUUUGGGGAUAAGGUACGUUUUUUUCUCUGCAAUAGUAUCUGUCACGUAUCCAUUAUUGCAUUGGAACAGCUGUAAAAAAUACUAAAAAUUCGCAACCAGCAAUUUAUGCAUCAAAAAACGUCACAAUGAGUGCCAUCUUUGACUUUGUGAUGGCACACCGUAAGCAAUUCAAGAGAUUGCAUUGCUUUAUUCUUUAACAAUGUGUGUGUGCGUGUGCGCUGUCGGAGGAAGGCAGCAUGCGCGGAACCUCUCAGCUGGGAGAGAUGUUGCAGCAGGCCCAAAGAGCUCCGGCCUAUGUUGUCGGGAAGCACAAGGAAUCUCAAUCGACAUUGUCCAAAGGGACGGGCAAGGAGGUAAAGCCGAAAUCAGCGGUUAAAGCGCAAGUGAAGGUGAACUCAGAUUGUCCCAUCGUACGGACUGGGGCACUAGUGAUUGACAUGGGCUCAGGCAGUUGCAAGGUGGGGUAUGCCGGCCAACCCAGGCCGGACUCCGUGGUGGCAUCCGUAACGGGAUACCCGAGAUGGAAGAACAAGCAACGCAUUGCUGUGGGCAAGACGGUCUCAACCGAACCAGAUCUCGUACUGGUCCAACCAACCCACCACAGUAUCAUCGUGGACUGGACUGCGGCGGAGGAUCUCCUCCGGCACGUGUUUUAUGAGGAUCUGAAGGUUUGUCCAGAGGAGCACGCCAUCCUGAUCUCCGACCCUCCUCUCAGUCCCACCACGAACAGGGAGAAGAUAGCAGAAUUUCUCUUCGAGUCUUUCAAUGUCCCCGCCAUGCACGUCUCUUACCAGUCGGUGCUGGCGGUGUAUUCCUACGGGAAGACCUCGGGGCUCGUCGUGGACUCUGGAGACCGCGUGACCCACGCUGUCCCGGUUCUCGAAGGAUACAACCUGCCAGAUGCGAUCAGUCGGAUUGAUCUGGGCGGCCACGAUCUCACCACUUAUCUGAUAAAGUUGUUGGGGGAGGCGGGCAACGCGUUUCACGAGAAGUGCAGAUACAUAGUGGAGGACAUAAAGCAGAAAUGUUGCCACGUCGCUCCUGAUUGUCAAAACGAGACGAAACAGUCCAAUCAACAACAUUGUGUGGACUAUGAGCUGCCAGAUGGCCAUAUUAUCACCAUUGGAAAAGAGAGGUUUAAGUGUCCCGAAGCUCUGUUCAACCCAACACUCACGGAGACAAACCAGGACGGCAUCCACACAGCCGCGAAUAUAAGUCUGCGAAAGGUCCCACCCCAGGUUAGACAUAUCAUGUACAACAACGUCCUGCUAUGUGGGGGCUCGACAUUAUUCGAUGGCUUUAAUUUACGUUUUUGCAAAGAGCUGUAUACCCUGUCACCCCAUGGCUGCAAGCCCAAAAUUCACGCUGUCCCGGAGAGGAAGUACGCCGUCUGGAUUGGUGGUUCAAUUUUGGCCUCACUCCAUGCCUUCCAGUCGAUGUGGAUCCGUCGAGAAGAUUACGACGACCAAGGCCCAAACAUUGUGUAUCACAUGUGCUACUAAGAUCAGAGUUUUAUUUUGUCCUAGAGAUUAUUAAACGUUUACUUGAAAAUGUCAUUUUAUAUAAAGAUGAUA